AUGACUAGACCCAAGACUUUCUUUGAUAUUUCUAUCGGAGGCAAACCACAAGGCCGUAUAGUGUUCGAAUUGUACAAUGACAUAGUGCCUAAAACGGCUGAAAACUUCUUAAAACUGUGCAAAGGAAAUGCUGGUAUGGCAAAGACCAAGCCUGAGGUACCACUAUCAUACAAGGGUUCCAUUUUUCAUAGAGUCAUUAAAGACUUCAUGUGUCAAUUUGGUGAUUUCACUAAUUUUGAUGGUACCGGCGGUGAAAGUAUAUAUGGUGAAAAGUUCGAGGACGAAAAUUUUACUGUGAAACACGACAAACCAUUCCUUCUAUCAAUGGCUAAUGCUGGUCCAAAUACCAAUGGUUCUCAAGCUUUCAUAACCUGUGUCCCUACACCUCAUCUGGAUGGGAAGCACGUCGUGUUUGGUGAAGUUAUUCAAGGUAAAAGAAUUGUACGUUUGAUUGAAGACCAACAGUGUGACCAGGAAAACAACAAGCCAAUGCGUGAUGUAAAGAUCGAUGACUGUGGUGUGUUGUCUGACGAUUAUCAGGUACCAGAGGACGCGGAGGCCACACCAACGGAUGAAUAUGGUGAUAAUUACGAGGAUAUUUUAAAGCAAGACGAGAAAGUGGACUUGAAAAAUUUUGACACCGUGUUGAAAGCCAUCGAAACAGUAAAAAACAUUGGUACUGAACAGUUCAAGAAAAAGAACUACUCGGUGGCUCUAGAGAAAUAUGUUAAAUGUGAUAAGUUUUUGAAGGAAUAUUUUCCAGAAGAUCUGGCAAAGGAACAAAUUGCGGAAAUAAAUCAACUGAAAGUGUCUAUUCCGUUGAAUAUUGCCAUUUGUGCCCUUAAGCUAAAGGACUAUAAGCAAGUAUUGGUGGCAUCAUCGGAGGUGUUAUAUGCUGAAGCCGCUGACGAGAAGGCUAAAGCCAAAGCUUUGUACCGUCGUGGUCUGGCCUAUUAUCAUGUCAACGACACUGAUAUGGCUCUCAAUGACCUUGAGAUGGCUACUACUUUCCAACCAAAUGACGCCGCAAUUUUGAAGGCCAUUAAUGAUACCAAAUUGAAGAGGAAACAACAAAAUGAAAAAGCCAAGAAAUCUCUCUCAAAGAUGUUCUCCUGA